UUUUACGCUGCGCCCCUGACUCACUAUAUUGCUUCAGCCUGGUGAGCUGCCAUCGUACGAUUGAUAAAGUAUGUGACCGGAGUCAUCAACAUUUUUUCCCGACAGUGUCACUGCCUAUGUUUCAUGUAAACACACGGACCAAUUUCGAUUCAGAAUGACGUCGCCCGAGAUCAGCAGGAAGUUACAGAUCUUAUUACGGAGAGUUCAACAAUCACUCCACCCCCGAGGAAACAGAGACGCAGUUUUCUUGAUUUAACCCCGAUGAAAGGCCACAUUUCUGCCAGAGAAAGAGAGAAAACUGUUGAAAAGCUGGGAAAUAAUCCUCAUUUAUUUUAAAAUUAUGCUUAAUUAUGUUAGAAUUUUGUCUUACGAAGUAGGUGUAAAGCGAAACACAUUUGCAUCCUGCGUGUGUAUUCUUGUCCUUGUGGACUUGUUCAGUAUUUAACCAAGACAACGAUCGACAUGUUUAAUGUGAAACAGCCCUUUGAAGAGGAAGAGGGGGCAGUCCUGUGCUCCCAUCCAGCCUGGACUGUAGGGAGCAUUUAGUGUUCCGACGCUAACCCAGAUACCAGACACAACACGGAGCCAGAGAGACAGGCCGAGGACCCGACGGAGCACAGGCAUGAACGACAUCAAGCUGGCCCUGCUGGGGAGCCAGGGGGCUGGGAAGUCAGCUGUCCUUGUGCGCUUCCUGACCAGGCGCUUCAUCGGCGAAUAUGCCUCAAACACCAAUUCCCUGUACCAUAAAAGGUUGUCCAUCGACGGCAGGCAGCUGAACCUUGAAGUGUUUGACCCCUGCUCUCAGAGCUCCGAGGCCAGGUGUAUACUGGAGGAGCCGGUGGACUGGGCAGACGGCUUCGUGGUGGUGUACAACAUCAGCGACCGCACUUCCUUCAUCAACGCCAAGAACAUCCUGCGGCAGAUUCGGGAGGCACGCGUGGAAAACUGCAAAGGGGAGAUGGAGGUUCCCGUGUGCCUGGUGGGGAACAAGCAGGACCUGUGCCACGCGCGACAGGUUAAUGAGGACGAGGGCCGCCGCCUGGCACAGGAGAACCGCUGUCACUUCCAGGAGGUGUCGGCGGCCGAGGGCUACCAGGACAUCGCCAACCUCUUCACGCAGCUCAUCCGGCAGGUGAUGGACCACCUGAAGUACCGAGCUGACCGCCGGCGCUACAGUGGCUCCAAGUCCAUGGCCAAACUCAUCAACAACGUGUUUGGCAAGAGGAGGAAGUCGGUGUGAUGUUCCGGAGACGUCAGUGGAUAAUCAGCCGGAGGGACUGUGUGUGACUGUGGAUCCAUGAUAAAGGGAACUGGCCAAGAGGUUACACGCUGUGUGUGAAACCUGUUGCGUGUAUACGCAGUCGUACAAACACCAACCCCGUGUUCACGGUGUGAGCAUCAUGGGGGUGGUCGGUGGGAGGCUUUGGAAGUUGUCUGUGGGCCUGCAUCUGCCAAAAGCACCAGGCAAACAUUAGUCUUGUACAAUGUGUCAUUCAUAUUGAACCAGUUUCAGUUUCAAUACCAUUGAUCAAUUUUUCUUGCUUAUCUGAGUUUUAACAAAUUAUUACAUGGCAUACACUGUGUUUGGCUAAUUAGAGCUCUGCUUAGAUUGAAAUGGUAUAUGUAUAGGUAUAGUUAAAGCUUUGAGGUCAUUAACCUAAAGUCCAAGUUACAAUAAGAAUAACCAUGGUGAACCAUGGGUGUGUGAGGUCUUUCAUAAAACAGACCUAACUUCUCACACACAGUGUCCACUGUGUCCUUCAAUCCAAGAACUACGCAAAUGUGGCCUAAAACCAUAUAAUCGUGAUUAAAUCAGGACAUAGCUGAUCAAACAGCAAGUCCAACAAUGUAACAAAAACAGUCAGUGCAACCUCCAAGUAUAUUUAAUAGCUUUUGAUACGGACACAGUCAAAAAAAACAACAACCCAAGAGUAGUUACAGCUGUUUUCCAAGCAUAAUUCCUGGCGGGUUUAUUACUGUAGCUUUCUCCCAUUGAACCUCACCAGACGGUUCAUGCGUUCAUCUUGAAACACAGAUCCCCACAUGGAGGCUCACGUCGUCCGAUUAGCCAGAGCCACCGCGGUCUCCCUCAUCAGUGUGCCCACAGUGUGUCACUAACGGUUGGGGCCAACACCGCCGCACGCUGACUGAACAUGUCAACACGCCACAUUCAAACCGUGGCCCUGAGCGUCUCGUUGCAGCUGUGCCCUGCAGCUGUACGGUUCACGGGAAAAACCCUUAUCAGUUCAUUGUUGUGCAGCCUGCUGCUCAGGUUUUAUGAUUUUAAAUGAGGGAAAAGGCCAGUUUUGAUGCAUUUUACUGACACUUUUGUGGAUAUUUUGUAUCAAUUUUUUUAUCGUUUCAUAAUACUGCAACUUUUUGUCUCUGUUUAUAGUUGCUUGCCAUCCUUUUGAUUGUAACGUGUCACAAGUUCACCGAGGAGGAGGCCCUGGGGCAAAGAUUUGUUUUUUACCUCCACAGCAAUAUAGGAUGUUUAAUCAUUUCCCCCAGGCACCCAGAGGCACCCACCAGUACUCAGAGGCAGACAUGAUAAGAUGAUUAAUUGAUUAGUCACUUAAGUGGUGCUUAACUGAACUAGUGAACCCAGGCGCUGACAGACACGGGCCAAGAUGUAGGUGAACGGAAAACUUAUCGAAGUUGAUGACGAUGGUGGCGGAGAAGGAAGCAUCAGGACGACGAGGGGAGUGUGUGUGUGCGUGCGCGCGCGCAGUUAGUAGAGCAGCCUUUGCCCUGCUCCUUCUCUUUCUGCUCAUAUUGCAAUAUAUUAGUCAUGAUUGAUGAGGGCAUCAUUUAAAUAUGUUGACCAGUGCAAAAAAAUAUGCAACUGUCUCAUCUGAUGGAGUAUGUUUGUAUUAAUAAUAAUUAUUGUAUGUAUAUGGUCUUUUCUUUAAAAUACAUUAUGGAUCUGAACUCAAGACCAACAAAUACCAUUUGAGGACAUGAACUCUUUAAAGCUCUCCUGUCGUUCUUUAAAAAAAAAUCCAGUUAUGUCACCAUGAUGCCGCGCAGAAAGAAUGUACCACACUUUGUGAAAAAUAAGUAAUUCAAACACAUGCGCAGUGAUUUAGUGAUAAAUACCGUAAAAACAUUGGUCGUUCAAGAGGAAAUUAAAGUUAAACAUUGCCUAAUA